AUGGCGGUUAGUUUCAAAUUCCUCUUUGUCUUCUCAACGUUGUCAUUAUUUUUCCUCAUUCAACUCCCAAUUUCUUUUGUUGAAGCCAGCAAUGGUGGCUUCAGUGUUGAUCUCAUACACCGUAGUUCUCCGCUUUCUCCAUUCUACGACCCGUCACAUACCCGAUUGGACCACCUCAACGAUGCAUUUCGUCGUUCGGUCGCUCGUACAGCUCUUUUUAAUCCAACCUCCAAAUCUGAAGGCUCAAUCCAAUCACAACUGACAGCUACCGCUGGAGCAUAUCUAAUGAAGGUGUCCAUUGGGACACCACCUGUGGAAACAAUUGGAAUUGCUGAUACAGGCAGUGAUCUUACAUGGACUCAGUGCAGUCCUUGUACAGGAUGCUACAAGCAAGAAGCUCCUUUCUUUGAUCCCAAAACAUCUUCCACUUACAGAAAUUUAUCAUGUCACUCUGAAGCAUGUGAAGCUGUGGGCACUUCCAGCUGCAGAAACAACAAUUGUCAAUACAGAAUGUCCUAUGGAGACAAGUCCUACAGCAUUGGUGAAAUUGCGGCAGAAACAUUCACCUUUGGAUCGACAUCGGGGCAAGCAAUUUCAAUUCCCAAGGUUGUUUUCGGAUGCGGGCACAACAAUGGAGGAAACUUCAAGGAUACUGCAUCUGGUAUAAUAGGCCUCAGUGGCAGUACCCUCUCAAUAGUUAACCAACUGAAAAAAUCAGUUGGUGGAAAAUUUUCCUAUUGCCUGGUGCCCUUAGAUUCCAAUCGAAAUGUGACCAGCAAGAUAAAUUUCGGUAGCAAAGCUAUGGUUUCGGGUUCCGGGGUGGUUUCAACUCCCAUGAUCACAAAAGCUCCUGAAUACUUCUACUACCUUACGUUGGAUAGCAUCACUGUUGGAAACAAAAGCUUGGCGUACAAGACUUCAGUGACGUCCAAAGAGGUCGCUGCUGUUGAGGCUGAGGGGGGUAACAUUAUCAUCGACUCGGGGACUACUUUAACUUUUCUUCCAAGUGAUUUUUAUGAAGAUCUAGAAUCAGCACUUAAACAAGCCAUUAGUGCUGACACCACUCCCGACCAACAAGGACUUCUUAGCCUUUGUUACAAAAGUGAAGGAGAUAUUGAUUUGCCCACAAUCACUUUCCAUUUCACAGAGGCCGACUUGGAAUUACAAGCGUCUAGCACAUUUAUAAAAGUGCAAGAUGAUGUUGUCUGUUUGGCAAUGAUCCCCAAUGAUGAACUGGCGAUCUUCGGAAACUUAUCCCAGAUGAACUUUUUGAUUGGUUACGACCUUGUAAACAAGAAGAUUUCCUUCAAGCCAACUGAUUGCACCAAGCAGUAG